UGUUAAAAUACUGGUUUGAAGCAGUUGAAGCCGGCAUUAUUCCAAAAACAGGGAACACACUACUGCAUAUUGAUGGCCAUAGUGAUGGGGCGCCACCUAUGUACUUAGAUGGGUAUCCUUUAUAUAGGCCCCCAGUUAAUAAAGAGGAACUCACAAUCAUGUUGCAGAGAAACGAUGCCUUCAUAGUCGAAGCGAUAAUGACUGGAGUUAUUGAUAGAGUGAUCUGGGUGUGGCCGUCCUGGGACACUGCACGACAUACGGACAAAUUGUCUCGUUACUUCUGUGAAUAUGGAUUGUCAACUGUUAAAAAUCCUGGGAAGAACGAAACUGAAGAAUUCUGUAUCUGCUAUUCAGCAAAUCCAUCUAUAAACACGACUUCCAACUCCAAUUCACGUCAAUCACAACAAAGAGAGUGUUAUUUCUUGGAUGUGGAUACUAACAACAUGGUGAAACUUGCCAAUGGCAAAUGCAAAAUCAACAAGAACAUUCAUGUUACUUGGGACGAGGUCAUGGAUGCCGAGUUUGUGAGCAGUCUUGAUUCAGAUGAUGUUUUCCAACCAGGUGAACAUGUAUUGAUUGAUAUCGAUGAAGAUUUCUUUGGAUGCGAAAGAGCAGUGGAUGGGAUACUUAAGAAAAGAGUAGAUUGGAAUGACCUGGACACCAUAAAUGAAUAUUUGGCCAGUAUGAUAUGUCUCAAGCAUGCAAAACAAGAACAAAUGGCAAACACAUUCAUGUAUAGAAACAUCCAGGUUUUAUUAGAAAUCUGCAAUUCAAAAUGUGACACAGAUUUGCUAAGCACCAAGGCAAAUGCAAUCUUAGAAGAAUACAUAGCGAAGGACUCGACAAUGUUUUGUAGUGAUCACAACACAGUCAUGACAGUAUCCCAACGAGCAUCAAUAAUUCUGGCCAAAAUUAUGAGUAUUCUUCUAAGGUUUAGUGCUAUUCAGCUGAAAGAAUUGAUGACGCUAGGAUUCUGUUCCUCUACCACCUUGAAGGGAUUUAUCCAUCAAGUGGGCGGGGCAGGGUUCACGAUAUGUCAUGGAUUCAAUGUCCCAAACAUGACCGUUGUGUCGUUGCAUAGUCCCACGCAUGCGCAAAUUCAAACCAUGAUUACCUAUCUGGAAAUUGCCAUGGGUCACAGUAAUCUGCCCAAAGCAGAGCUAGUGACGGUUUGCAGAUCGAUUCGCGAUGGAUAUACUCCUAGAAAACAUUUUAAGUCAAUCGAAAGUGGAAUUAUUAAUUCAUUGAACGCAAUUAAAAAUAAGCAUUACUCUUUAUUUUAUGACUCUCAUCUUCUUGGUGGUAUGCAGGGAUGGUUUAACUAAUGGUUACCAGGACUACUCUUCCGCUUGUUGGAAAAUGCAAGUUUCAAAUACAGAGUAUUCAAUAAUGUGUAUCUUUGUUCAAACUGAGCGAUUUAUACAUACAGCAUGCUUUAUCAUGUAAUAAAUCUAUUCCAAUAUAAUGAAUAUGCAUUCCUUGAUUCGGUUUAACUUCAUGCCCCAAUCCUCCGAUAUAACUAGACAACAGCAACACCAUGGCGUAAUGAAUCGAACAGCCAUAAAAAUGACUGCCAUUUUUGGAAAUGGUCACCCGCUGGGCAUAAACUAUGAUCCAUACGUAUUCAUAUUUGCGAAGAA